CCGAAAGCGCUGAUUUGGGUGGGGCACACUGAGCUGUAAAAAAGGAAAAAAAAGGUGCCUGUCCCUUUAAGAAGCAGCGCAGGCAGCGCUCGUUGCUUUAUUCCACAGCGGUGCACGUUCUGCUCCCAUCACCAGACGUACCCGGGUAACUUCUGACACACAGCGCUGCGCUCCGGGUCCGCAGCAAAAUGGCAGACUCUAAGCAACAACGGUGUGUGUUUCUGUUUUAUUAUUGAUGCUUCUCAUUUUUUGUCUCAUAAUGAGAAUGAAGGAUCAAACAGUCACACCUGACUCACUAAUGGAAAGUGCGACGCGCCGCGGAGCAAGAGAGAGGAUAUUUUCAUAGUCAGGUAAUGGAUCCACACUGAAAGCUACAGCACCCACCAACUCAGCUGACCUCUCUAACACUGUAGCCAUGGUAACUUGUUCGAGGGGCUGUGCGCCGGCUGUGCGCCUUUGUCAAAGACUAAACCGGCUCAAGACGCUCGAUGGUGACAUGAUGGCUACUUCCCUGAAGCGCUGCCUCUCCACACUCGACCUGACUCUGAUGGGUCUUGGUGGUAUGGUUGGCUCUGGCCUUUAUGUCCUGACGGGAACGGUGGCUAAAGACAAGGCUGGACCAGCUGUCAUCAUAUCCUUCAUUUUUGCAGGUAUCGCUUCUCUACUGGCUGCCUUCUGUUAUGCAGAGUUUGGAGCACGAUUCCCUAAAACAGGAUCUGCAUAUAUGUUUACCUAUGUAUCCAUGGGAGAAGUGUGGGCCUUUCUCAUUGGCUGGAAUGUGAUUCUGGAAAACAUGAUUGGUGGUGCUGCUGUAGCACGGGCCUGGAGUGGCUAUUUAGACUCAAUUUUUAACCAUGCUAUCCAGAACUUCACAGAAACACACAUCAUGCAGUGGAAUGUGCCCUUUCUUGCCCAUUACCCUGACCUCCUGGCUGCAGGAAUUCUUGUAGUGGCCUCUGUCUUUAUUUCCUUUGGAGUUCAGGUGUCCUCUUAUCUGAACCACAUCUUCUCCACUGUCAGUAUGGGUGUCAUUGCUUUCAUCUUGGUCUUUGGCUUCAUGCUCGCCGAUCCUGCCAACUGGAGCCAGGAUCAAGGUGGCUUUGCGCCUUAUGGGAUGUCAGGGAUCCUGGCAGGCUCGGCCACAUGCUUCUAUGCUUUUGUAGGCUUUGAUGUGAUUGCAUCCUCAAGUGAGGAGGCAAAGAAUCCUCAAAAGGCUGUUCCAGUUGCCACUGCUAUUUCUCUUGGACUCGCAGCGACAGCCUACAUCCUGGUCUCCUGCGUUCUCACAUUAAUAGUACCCUGGCAUACUCUGGACCCUAACUCAGCCCUGGCUGAUGCUUUCUUCCGGCGUGGCUACAGCUGGGCUGGAAUUGUUGUGGCUGUAGGGUCCAUCUGUGCCAUGAACACUGUGCUUCUCUGUAAUCUCUUCUCCCUUCCUCGGAUUGUAUACGCCAUGGCAGAGGAUGGAUUGUUCUUCUCCAUUUUCGCCAGGGUCAAUCCAGUCACCAAAGUUCCGGUAAACGCUAUUCUGGUGUUUGGAAUCCUAAUGGCCUGCAUGGCUUUGAUCUUUGACCUUGAGGCCUUGGUGCAGUUCCUGUCUAUCGGGACUCUCCUUGCGUACACCUUUGUGGCAGCGAGCGUUAUCGUGCUGCGCUUUCAGCCGGAGAAGACCAACUCCAAGGACACUGCCACCCCUUCUCCUAACGCCAAUGCGGAGGUGUCUCCUGCUCCCUCAGAGUCACAGACCAUAACUGAAGACAGCGAGGAGCCCAAGCAGUACGAGUCUUUCUCUGACAAACUCCAGCUGGUGGAGAGGCAGAAGACAAGAGAGCGGCGUGGGGUGGGGCAGCUGAAGGCCUACUGGGAACCCUACCUGGACAGGCUGCUGGGGGACUGUGAACCAGGCGAAGUGGUGGCUUUUUGUGUGAUGACCCUGAUUGUGAGCUCAGUAUCCCUCUGUGCUGUGCUGGAGUUUGGAAAUGAACAGCUACAGUUCCCAGUCUGGUGUUUUGCAAUGCUUCUGGUGAUUUUUACCUUAGGUUAUGUUCUCAGUCUGGCACUUAUAUGGAUUCAUGAGCCACAAAGAAACAACCAAACAUUCCAGGUACCUUUGGUUCCACUAAUUCCGGGAGCCAGUAUCCUCUUCAACGUAUUCCUGAUGAUGAAGCUAAACCUUCUGACCUGGAUUCGAUUUACAGUGUGGAUUGCUAUAGGUCUCCUUGUGUAUUUUGGCUAUGGGAUCUGGCACAGUAAGGAGGGACUGAGGGACUUUCAGCCCAAAGACAUGGCUGCCCACUAUGUGGUUCUACCCAGCGGCAGCCUCGUGGAAACAGUGCAGUCCAUUCAGCCCGACGGUCAAGUGGUCACCUCAGCGCACCAUAUCAGCUCUUCUGCUGCCCCGACAGAUGCCGGGGCUCCUGGGAACAGAUAAUAUGUGACCAUUCUGAGUCAUCAUCACUACUGCCUGGUUUUAUCUCUUGUCUCUCACACAUACUGUAUUAUUACACCUAGUGUACUUUCUGUGUAUCUCUCUCCCUGUAGCGCUCAACAGUCUGUACACAUUACUCUGCAAAACUAUCAACAAGAUAGGAUGGGAGGCACUGUCUUUUUGUUAAGCACAUUUGUACAUGUUGUAAGAAUCAUAUGUAUGAAGGAGAAAUUUAUCUCUGCACUGGGAACAUAAGCUCUUUUCUUGCAACCUUGCCAGUUUUGUUCAAAUCCAUGUUCAUGCUAUGUUUUAGAAUUAUUACUAAGGACCUUUCUUUUUUAUGUUUCUGUUUUUAGGGGUGGAGCUGAUAAUUUUGACAUAUUUCAAAGCAGAAAGAAAGAAUUUAAAAAAAAGUUUUCAGGCAACAGCAAACUAAGAAACUCUCCUGGUGAGUGCUGUACAUUUAAGAGAAUGUUCACACACCCAUGGCUAUGGAUUUCAAACUGGUUUGUGUAUAACUAAGAGCACAGUUUAUAAAAUCUAAACCUAUUUUUUUUUACCGCGUACCAUUUACUGCGGCAUAGUAACCACUCAUUGGUCGCUUUCUAACAUUUUUUAAAAUGUUUAAUUUUUUUUGUUUGGCACAGAACUGUAUAUUUGAAAUUUAUUUCUCCCAAUUUCCAUACAUAUUACACAAAUAUGUUUAAAUAUUUAUUAUUUAUAUAAUGUAUGCUGUCUCAAGACUUCUUUGAGUAUAUUAUUAUUAUUUUAUUAUAUUCUAUAAAAUGUAAUGUCUAUUUAUUUUUCCAUAAAUACUACUAAUAUUUUCCAUGCAUUAAGCAUUUGGAUGUUUUCCCUACUUUGUUUUAAUAAUGUUUAUUCAUCAUUUUCCUGCAUCAUAUGUUUUACUCACACUUGUGGCUUUAUUAGUCUCUAAUUAAUAUGUAUUCCUUUUUAAAUUGCCUGAACACUUCAGUUUCUUCCUUAACGUUCUAAAUCUCGUCCCAUGACCCUUCUGUCUUUUGUGCCUCUGAUCCCCAGCACGCGAUCAGCCUUUUUCCCAUGACUCUCCAGCCAACAGCCCUUUCUCCUUUUUUUUCUAGCAUUGCUUGUUGAAGCACAUAAAACUGAGAUCCUGCCACUAUGUUCUAUUUACGUGUGCGUGGACUAGAAAAACACUAUUCAUCAGAAACCUCUAUGUAUAAAUAUUGGUAGGCGGGCAUAAUGUCAAAUCCCGGGGUCUGCCUCAUUUCUCAGAGGUCUCAGUAAUUUGUCAGAUUUGCAGCAGUCCCUGUCACCACUCUGCCGGCUGACCAAGAUAAGAAAAAGCCAUAGAUGUGAGAACAUUCCUGUAAUACGGAGAUAACAUGCUCUUUAGUUUGCACUUGAGAACAUUAAACUGACAUCACAACAAAUAUGUGAAAGCUCCUUAAAAGAUGUCAGCUCUGUUGUUAAUGAUUUCACUUUGCUUUUGCAUGUUAUAAUAGAAACCAAAGGCCUUCAAUAUGUUACACAUCUUAUUUCCAAAGUUGAUUUACUUGUUUAUUUAUCUGCCUGAUAGAUGAAGAAUCUUAUCCAAACAUCAUCAUACAUUCAUUCAACAAAAUAAUCCAAAUAUAAAUUGUAGAAAGCAGUUUUGUGUAAGAUUUGAAGGAAAUUUAGAUAACUUUGCACAGAUUUGUCCAGUAAUUUUGUUUCUAUGCUUUUGGUGUCAGGGUUGGUGGCAUAUAUUUAUACUGUGGUGCUUUUUUAAGCUAAACAUUAUCACAACUCUUUGUCUUUUUGUGCCAGGAGGCACAAAUAUAAGCGAUCAGACUUGUCUUAAUUCUAAAUGUUGUCAUAUGAAAACCUCAGAUCCCUAUGUUAUAAUGUUAGUUUGUGUAAAAUGCAAAAAGACAAAAAAAACAAAUAAAUGUUUUAAAGCAGCA